AUGGCCCUGCGCGACGUCUUGCUGUCGCCGCUGGUUGCGCACCCAUUGUUGACCCUCUUUCUUCUGCCCGUCAUCCUCCUCGUGCUACGCUCGUUGUACCGUAUUUCUCCCCUCCAUCCGCUCUCCCACAUCCCAGGUCCGCUUCUCCCUCGACUAUCGUCACUAUGGCUCACCUACCACGCGUGGGUCGGCGACGAGGCUUCGGUGGUCGACGCCCUGCAUAAGAAAUACGGCACGAUCGUCCGGAAUGGGCCGAACAGCGUCGACAUCUCCGACGGUGCCGCCCUGGCCGCCAUAUACACCGAACGGGGCGGGUUCGCAAAGACCAAAUUCUACGAGAACUUCGCCCUCCCGGACGGCGUGCACAUGCACAACUCGAUCUUUUCGGAAACGGAUCCCCUGACGCGAGCGCCUCGCGCAAAGGCCGUGGCCGUGCUGUUCUCCACCUCGAACCUCAGACAGGGCCAGGACCUCAUCUACGCGUGCGUCGACAAGUUUGUGGCCCGGUUGGCCGAGGGCAAGAAGUCGAGCCAAGCACGGAACGGCGCUGCUGCUACUGCUGCUGCUCCGUUGAAUAUCCUCAACCUGACGCGAGGGUUGGCCGUCGACGCCGUCUCGUCGUACCUGCUCGGCAAGAGCUACGAGGCCCUGAGCGAGGACUCGACGGGGACGAAACACGAGAAGACAGAAGCGGCGGUCCGAAAAGAGUUGGCCGAGCCGAUGAGCGCGGCCGGCAUGGUCGACACCUUCGUCGCGGUCGGCCGCUUCUGGUACCUCCCCAGCUGGGCGUUCAAGCUCGUCGAGUCAUCCGACGCAUGGUGGAACGCAAACGACGAGGUGACGCACAGUCUGGCGCGCGUGGACGACUUCGUCGCCGGAGUCGUGAGCGACGCAGAAGCCAGCAUCAUCAACGCCAGCACUGCACGAUUGGAGGAUGAGAAGACGCCUCUCGCCACCACCACCACCACUACCACCACCACCGCCCCUGACCACCAUCCCUUGACCUCAUACCCGGCUCGGCUGUUGCAGGCGGGCUUCACGCCCUCGGAGACGCGGGCUCAAUGUAAGGACCUCAUCUUCGCCGGCUCGGACAGCACGGGGAUGAAUCUGGCCACCAUCCUCUUCAUGCUGGCCAAACACCCGGACUGCCACAGGAAAGCGAGAGACGAGGUCCUCCUGGCCGGCAACGGCGGCCACCCGGGGUUCGACGAGCUCCAGUCGUUGCCGUACCUGCGCGGCGUGGUCAAGGAGGGCCUGCGCCUGUCCAUGGCCAACCCGUCGCGUCUCCCUCGCGUCGUGCCGCCCGGAGGCUGGACCUUCAAGGACACCACCCAUUUCCCCGGUGGGACCGAAGUCAGCUGCACGCCCUAUUCCCUGCAUCUGAAUGCGGACGUGUUUCCCGACCCGUUCGCCUUCAAGCCCGAGAGGUGGAUUGACCCGUCUGAGGCGAUGAUGCGGGACGCCAUCCCCUUUGGUCUGGGCAGUCGACAGUGCAUCGCCAGAAAUCUGGCCACGGUGGAGUUGUACUGCGCCGUCGCGAGAGUCCUUGAGGCCGGUAUACUACAGGGAGCCGCGACCGUCAAGUCCGAGAUUGAGAUUCUAGAAUGGUUCAACAGCAAGGUCGUCGGGGAGCGGAUAGACUUGGUCUGGCAAUGA